ACAUGCGCAGGCUACGGCUACCUUUUCUUUUGAUCUCUCGCGAGGCAAGUAUACUUGAGAGAAAUAUCUGGAAGAGGAGUUGCAGCAGUUCUUCCUCUGGAAAUACAAUUUAUGCUCUGGCAACACCCCGGAUGAGAAGUGCAAUUGGGGUUAUCAGAGCAAGUGGGCCAUCUUCUCCUUUGAUUAUUACUCAAAUGACCUCUCUAUCGGUGGAACCAGAAAAAAGAGGGCGAGGAGUGACUCCGAAAAAGGUCUAUCUGACGAAAUUAUUUCGUCCCAACUGUCCCCAGACUGUGAUUGAUGAAGUUCUGUUGUUGUUCUUUGCCGGCCCAAAGUCGCUGACAGGAGAGAACGUGGUAGAAAUUCAUUGUCACGGAGGUCUCGCAGUGGUCGAUGAAAUUCUUGAAUGCCUCAAUAAGCUGCCCACUUUCAGAUUAGCUCAAGCGGGCGAGUUUACAAAACGGGCUCUUCUUAACGGAAAAGUAUCCAUCAGUCAAGCGAAUGCCGUGAAUCAGUUAGUGAAUGCAAACACAUCUAAGCAGAAACUGUUUGCUCUGUCUUCGUAUUUGGCAGAACUACCGAAGCAGAAAUCUGACGGGACCCGUAAAGCGGGAGAGGAAAGUGUGUUUGGAAAAUGGAGACAUGCCUUAGUGGAAUGCCAGGCGUCAAUCGAGGCUUGUCUUGAUUUCGGCGAAGAAGAGCACAUUGACAGCAACGCUGUGUGUGUUCAAUUAGCCGAUUCAAUUGACAGAGUAGUUGAAGAGAUGAAGUCAGUGUUGCAUUCGGCCGAAAGACGCAGCAGAGUCCACGAUGGUAUCCGAGUGGUUUUAGUAGGAGCUCCUAACGUCGGCAAGAGCUCCCUGAUGAACUUACUUAGCAGACGGAGAGUGUCGAUUGUUAGUGAUGAGAGGGGCACUACUCGUGACGUCAUCGAGACCAUAGUGGACAUUGGGGGGUGGCCAGUGGUGCUGAGUGACACUGCAGGACUCACCCACUCCCCCAAUCACCACAUUGAGAAAGAAGGGAUUGAAAUGGCACUGGAUAAGAUACAACAAGCAGACAUUCUGCUACACGUGCAAUCAGUCGAGACUUCGACAGGUGAAGAAAAUGAACAAAUAAGAAGGGCCUUAACAUAUCAGCAACAGACAAUCAGAAGCUCAUCUGGUAUUCCAAUUCCUAUAAUCACAGUCAUCAAUAAAGCAGACCUUCUGAACAGUACUAACUCUAAUUAUUCAGAUAGAUUAGUUGCACAGUUUGAAGAAACGGAGUUUACGGAUGUUUCUGGUAAUACUAAUACAUUGCUCAAACCAAGUGGAAAGAUUGCGAAUGCCGAACGUGUUUCAUAUCAAAUUGCGGAUUCUGCCGAACAUACUUCAUCUCAAAUUUUGACUGACGAUCUUGUAGCAAAUGAUGAAGAUCUGUCUUUCUCUUUUUCUAACUGGGCUCAAAACUUUAAGACGAACAAAAAGACAACAAAAUUAGAAGAAGUUUCAACUAAUUGCCAAGAAUCAUCGCUUCUUGUUUCCUGUCUGACUAAACAGGGGAUCAAGCAAUUGGAAUCUCUUUUAGUCAAGAUAUUAGAUGAAUCAUUUUCAGAACAAGAUGAUCUUUUCUCUCUUCAGUGUUUAUCUUACCAAAGCCAAGUUCUUAAAGAGUGCAUCUCAGUUCUUACCAUAAAUAUGGAUACCAAUGAUAAUGGUUGUUCUUCGGAGGACUUGGUUGCGGAACAGGACCUGGUGAUGCUGAGUGAACGAGUAAGAUAUGCAGUCGAUAAACUUAGCUCUCUGAUAGGCCAACCUGUUCUUACUGAUCGUAUAUUAGACAGUGUGUUUUCUAAUUUUUGUAUCGGCAAAUAAAUUGUU